UGUUACCAUAUUUGGUAGUUAACCAGUCAUAAGUCACCCGCAAACGCACCAAUUUUUAACCGCAGUACCAAUCGUACAAAUCUCUUAAAACCGCUAGAAACCGCAACCGUCCGCAUCCACAAACUCCCACAACCGCAACCGCAACCGCUGCGUUUGAACCAAUUAAGCCAAUUAAGACGUUGUCGCGAUUUUUAACAAUUCACGUGGCCCUGGAUCAAAAUUUACAAAAUUCAUAUUUAACGUCAUGGCAAAUUAUUAUGUAUAAUUAUAACAUUAUUAUAAUUAUACAUGAAAUAAAAAAAAUGAAAACCAUAUAAUUUUAACGAUAGCACAUGUAGAGUAUCCAACAUCAUAAAUUCAAUCAAAUUAUCAAAACCUCUUACUAAUAGUAAUUAAAAAUUUAACACAUAUGAUUACAGAAAAAUACAAAUAUCAUUACAAAGAAAAAUAUGAGACAGAAAAUUAAUAUUUUACAAUAAAAUAAAACAAAAAAUAUACCCGCCCUUUUAAGGGCGGGUCAAAAUCUAGUUUGUAUAUUAAAAUAAAUGCAGUUUGGGUAUUAAUAAACAUAAACAAAAUAAUUAGUUAAUGUAUUUGUGUAGAUAGCAAAAAAAAAUGAGUUUUAAAAAGCUUAACAAGAUUUUAUUGUUUUUUGUAUAGUACCAAUGAAGGUGUAUAUGAUCGAAUUAGUUUUUUUGUAUUUGGGAUCUUUAGAAGCGUAUAUUGUGGUUGUCAGAAUCGAAGAACAUGAAAUUGUGGUUAAGGGUUCGAGGAGGGUUCUGUUUCUCGUUCUUGACGAGUUCAGUUUCAUCCCUAGUCGUCCAUUUCUCAGUUCCAACUCCCAACUCAAGCUUUGGUUUCUGUUCCUAAUGGUACAACAAUGCCUUUUUUCUGUUAUCAAUAUUGCAAAGCGAAAAUAGAAAUCCAACACUUUAUUUUUUUUGAAACUUUGAUAAUCAACACUAAUUUUGGUAUAUAAAUAAGAGUAUCCCUCAAUGUACAAUAUUUUAAAAAUGAAUUUUAGUAAUUUCGUGUAGUCUUUAAAUACAACUUAGUUAGAUAAUUAAAUUUAAAUAUUAAAAAGGAAUGAAGGCAAUUAAAAAACAAACGUUUUACAAUUUCUCAAGAGUAUAACUUCUCGGGAUUCUCUUUUAUACAAUUUUUCAUUUCAUUUUAAGUUUAAAAUAUUCUUUCAGAAUAUUCUACUACAGGUGUUCGAAGUGUACACUUUUUUUUUGUAACACUAUUCGAAGUGUACACUAUAUAAUCUGUAUUUUGGGAUAACGUAUGGUCCAAUGUUUACUGUAUUUUAUCAACAACUAACCAAAGUUUCUGCCAGUUGGUGCUGCACUAAUCAAGAUUCAAGACUCAAGUGCUUCAUAACUUUUAUUUUUAUAUAUACUGGUUUUCAUUUUCUAUGAAAAAUGUAAUGGAGUAAUAUAUGAAUCGAUGUGCAAAAAGUUUGAAAUUUUUACGUGUAUUACUAAGUCAGGAUAAUCAGAGUUGCGUCUUUUUCGGUGUCUGACGAUUCUGAGAUAUGUCACGGACAAAUAACCUAUACACGCUAGGAAUCUCUAGCACAUCCCUACACUUCUAUUCAAAUACAGUACCAAUUAUUUUCUUCUAGUACACAUACCUUCAAUAAAAAAACAAUUUCUUUUAGUUAUAAAUUGAUUUUUUUUUAGUAACAGAACUGUUGAAACUCCCAAGUCGAGACACUUUUUUUUUAACACAAGUCAAGACAAUUUCUAGAGGAAAAAAAAAGGUUUAAAAUUUAGUCGAAAUAGUGAAACCGUUCUUACUAAGCAUUAACAAAUUAUUGACUUAUUAUAUUUAUACAAUAUAUUUUAUUUUUAGCUUAAAUAUAAAACUACUUUGGUGAAUUAUCAAAAUUAGAUAUACAAAACAAACAAAAUUAGAUAAAUUUGUGGAUUAUACUAAUAUUAUUAUUUAAUUUAACAUAUUUAGAAUAAUUUAAAUUGAUCUCAACUGAUUUUAACCGACUAAAAACAAUUUAAACUUAUUUGAAUUGCAUAAAUUGGAUUAAAAAAAUGUUUCAGAUAUGAUCGAAUUACCAUCUAAACAGAUUUUUAGAACCACGAUCAUAUCUCAAUAACCAAUUACAUUAAGAAUUUGAAAACUUUAUUUCAGAAGGCUAUUUUAUUUACUAAAUCAAAUUUGUGAGGACAAAAGAAAUUUACAUGGAUUUCGUGAGUGGAUUUAGAACAAAAUGGAAAAAAAAAACAAAGAAAAAGGAAAGUCCGUGAGACUUGGAUACCAAGUAAAUAAAAAGGGUAGAGAAACAUAACCUAUCAGGAGUUGAUUUUAGAUAUCUCUCUUUAUAUAUAAGAAGAUCACAGUCUAACGAUUUUCCCAAUUUCUCUUUAUUCACCGUAGUCAUCUCUAAACGGUGUGUUAUGUAAUUAAACCAGAUACAAUAGAUCAUAACCAAAAAUCAACAUUGAAUUUGAAAAUUGUAUCUCAAAAGAUUAUAUUAAUUUAAUAAAAUUUUGAAAAGAAAAAAAAUAGAAAUAAAUGUUGAAGAAAAUGGAAAAUCCUAUAACGGUUAGAAACAGAACACAAAGAAAAGGAAAGUCUGAAGAGGCUUGAGUAUCAAGUAAGUAAACGUGUGCUAGAGAAACAAACCCAAACCUAUUAGGAGUUGGUUUACGAUACUCUCUCUUUAUAUACAAACACGUAAGGUCACACUUUCUAACAACACAAAUCAUUCUCUCCACUUUCGUUGCUUCCAAACCCUAUUUUAUCAGUCGAGAACGAGAGAGAAUGAUGCAGAAGCAUGAGUUCUUGGAACUGAUUGAGGCAGCAACUAAAGCUGCAAAAUCUGCUGCGAGAGGAGACGGUAAGAGUUCUUCUCCAGCGGUCUCUAGGUGCGUGGAGGCCAUGGUUCGUUUGAAGGAAGCUCCAGAGUCACUUGCUUGCGAGUUGGCCGUCGAUCGCAAAUACCCUCAAAUUGGAAAGAGUCACGGCCUUUUCACGGAGCACAAAAACCCUAGAAUCCAAUCCGAGGGAAAGAUUCUUUACUCUCUUUGGCUCAGAUAUCUCUACGCAACGGGGAGGAAACAGAGCUCACGACCUCGUGAUCGGACGGUUGUGAAGAAGGAGAAGAAGCUUGUGGAGGAGGAGAUGGUUUCGAGGACGACGGGGGAUUCUAACAGGGACAAAGUGCGUGAGAUUCUUCACAAGUCCUUGUCUAAAGUGGCUAACGAGGUUGUUGUUGAGAUGAAGGAAGGAGUGGUUUCUUGCGAUUCCUGGACUGUAGCUGCUUCGGUUGAAUCUGCUAUGUUUGAGAGACUAGGUUCUUUCGAGGGGACUCAAAAAGCAAAGUACAGAUCCAUUAUUUUCAACAUGGGAGACAGCAGCAAUCAAGACCUGAGAAGGAAAGUACUACUCGGCGAGAUUAGUGGAGAAAGACUGGUGACGAUGAAGAAAGAAGAGAUGGCUAGCAACAAGAUUCAGUUGGAAGUUCAAAACAUCAAAGAGAAAGCCAGAGUUAAGGAAGAGAAUCGAGUAAAGAGUAUGAUGAUGUUUCAGUCAGACAGUAUGAUCAUGACUUAAGCACAAAAUAUAGAUUCUCAGUUUAUUAUCAAAUCUAUAAUAAUUCUUGGAGGUCUGAAUAGAAACACUUUUCUUUGCAUGGUUUAAUUUGUAACUCUGUAUUGUUUCAUUGUUAAAAACAAAUAUAGUUUAUCAGUCAUAUUACCUUGCAACUACUUCAGUGCUCUUUUCAAAUGCAACAAAUGUUCUGAAGUAGAAAUAUAGAUAGUCAGUUUAUUAAAUGUGUACAAUUAUUCUCUUGUCUUGUUGGUCUGAACUUAAAACACUUUAAAACUCUCGUGUUU